AUGAAGUCCGCUGUGUUCGCUCUCCUUCUAGUCGUUGCAGGCGCUUUCGCCUUCCCCCAAUCUGAUGACCCGAGACCUACUCUAGAAGAACGGAUCAAAGAUGUAAUUGAACGAAUUAGUACACGCAUCAGGGAUGCAGGUUUCGAUCCUUUGGAAAUCGAAAAUGUGAGAUUUGAGCACGUUUACGAACCUGAGGUCAUUGAAUUGGUAGCCUUCCUGGAAAACUUAUCCUUCGUCGGAGCCAGUAAAAUCGAUGUUAACCACAUCGAAUUCCUUCCUUUUAUUAACAGACUAACAUUCGACGUCUCACUCCCUGGACUUGAAAUGAGUCUCGGUGGCGCUGGAGUAAAUGCUGUAUUCUUCCAAUACUCUCUUGACGCACUACUUAGCGGCAGCUUCAGCGUCCAUGGUAUUCGUGCCGCUGGUGAAAUAAACUUCAAUAUAGGCCUGGAUGGAGUCACCGUCCGCAGCAUCACAAUUGAUUUAUACUUUGGCGUACCUCAGUCUGACCUGUCACUAGAAAUCAAUGGCAAAGACUUAUCUGGGGAAUUGAACUACAUUCUUGGAGUCUUAAUUCCUAACUUCUUGGAAGAGAGCAGGAACGAAAUCAACAGAGGCGCUGAAACUAUUGUCCGUUUUCUUAUUGACAACCAUUACAAU